CAGCAAAUGAAGCUCAGAAUCGUUUCAGGAGAAUCACAAGACUGUUGAAGUUCUUCAGCCAUCAACCCUAAAACUAAAUUCAUCUUUGGAUUUCAAAAAAGUGGAUAAAUGAUGUCUCCCUCGUUGAAGCCAUUUGUCUUUUUUUGCUCAAUGCUGUGCAUGUGGACUGGUGUGGAGUGCUGGUCUUACUUCUACUCAAACGUCAGAAUGGACUGGCAAUCAGCCAGAACAUGGUGCAAGACAAAUUAUACAGACAUGGUUGCAAUCCAGAAUCGAGAGGAGAUCGAGCACCUGAAAAGUAUGCUACCAAAGAAAGCCGGUUAUUACUGGAUUGGGAUCCGCAAGGUUAAUGAUGUCUGGACCUGGGUUGGGACCAACAAAUCACUCACAGACGAAGCAACCAACUGGGCUGACGGUGAACCAAAUAAUGGCCAGAGUGGAAUGACCUCAGGCCAAGCUGAAGAUUGUGUUGAGAUGUACAUUAAAAGGGAUAAGGAUGAAGGGAAAUGGAACGAUGAGCGGUGCUCAAAGAAAAAGACCGCUUUGUGUUACACAGCUGCCUGUAAAAACGACUCAUGCAUCUAUGGUGAAUGUGUGGAGACCAUCAACAGCCACAUGUGUAAAUGCUUUUCAGGUUUUUAUGGAGACAAGUGUGAGCAAGUUGUGCAAUGCAACAAAGAUCAAGUGAUCAGUCCUGAAAAUGGAAGCGUAACUUGCAGUCACAAGUACAAGAACUUCUCCUUUGAAUCUUCGUGCCAGUAUUCAUGUGAAGAAGGAUAUCAGCUAAGUAUGUCGGAGCCUCAGAAAUGCCAAGAAACAGGGAGGUGGUCAAAGCAGUCCCCGACAUGUGAAUUGAUUCAAUGCCAGGAACUGUCUGCUCCCGAAAGAGGAUUUAUGAAGUGCUCUGAUCCUCUGAGAAAUUUCAGCUACAGCUCCACCUGCAGAUUUACCUGUAUGGAAGGAUACGAGCUGGAUGACUCCUCUUCCAUCACUCUGCAAUGUGAAUCAUCUGGAAAAUGGAAUGCAUCAAAGCCAUCAUGUGUUGCUGUUCAGUGUCCGGCCCUCCAGAAUCCAGACGAUGGUUUUGUUACCUGUGAAGAUGAUACAAACAUGAGGUUCAGCUAUGGAAAAAGGUGCAGCAUCAGCUGUGCCCCUGGCUAUCACCUGGUUGGACCAGAGAUGAUCACCUGUACAUCAGAGGCUGUUUGGAGUGAGAAGAUGCCCCUUUGUGAAGCUGUCCAAUGCCUUGCCCUCCAGGAUCCAGAAAACGGCUCUCUGAAAUGUGUUGAUGGACAUGGCUAUGAAAAGAACUGCAGCUUUAGCUGUGAACCAGGAUUCGAACUGCAGGGUGUGCACACCAUUCAAUGUUCUGAGGAUGGACAGUGGAGCAAUGACAUUCCUACCUGCAAAGCUGUCCAGUGUCCUGCUCUGCAGGAUCUAGAAAAUGGUGCAAUGAGCUGUGAAGGUGACACAGAGAUGAGGUUCAGCUACAGAAAGACAUGUAGCUUUAGCUGUGACCCAGGCUUCAAACUGCAGGGGGCGCCCUCCAUUCAGUGUUCUGAAGAUAAAACGUGGACUGAUGCCACACCUUUCUGCACAGCUGUCCAGUGUCCAGCCCUGCAGGAACUAGAAAAUGGUACCCUGCGCUGUGAAGAUGAUAUGGAGAUGAGGUUCAGCUACAAAAAGAGCUGCAGCUUCAAAUGUGUCCCUGGCCAUCGCCUGGUGGGACCGAGCGAGGUCACAUGCACAGCAGAAGCAGAAUGGAGUGAGAAGAUGCCACACUGCGAAGCCAUCACCUGCCAGAAUCCAGAUGGAGCAGCUCACAUGAUUGUAGAAUGCAGUAAACCUUCAACCGACUUGGACCCCAGCUCCACUUGCAGCUUUAGCUGUGAAGCAGGCUUUGAGCUGCAUGGAGCAAACACCACAACAUGCAGUCAAGGUGGACAGUGGAGUGAGGCCUUACCAACCUGCAAAGCAAUCAGGUGCCCUUUUCUUGAUGCUCCAGAAAACGGUCAUAUUAAUUGCUCAGUCAGCCAGCCAGUCUUCAACUCUCAGUGCUUCUUCGCAUGCGAUCAGGAUUACACGUUAGACGGACAUGAGAUCCUGACCUGUGAUCGCCGUGGCAGCUGGACUGGAAAGGGCCCCACUUGUCAAGCUAGUUCAGCUCCUGCCACUGUUAUUACCACUGGUGUGGCAGCAGGAGCCACUGCUUUGGCAUCCGGUGUGUCUCUGGUCAUGUGGAUUUUGAAAAAAAUGAAGCAAAGGGCAUCCAAGUUUGAGCUAAACAGCACCUCUGACUCGGAGGAACCGCUUCAGGUCUACAAAAGCAGCGCUGACAGUCUCAUCUGAGCCACAUUAUUCCCAAAAUAACAGACAGAAAGCAUGGUUUAACCAGAAAUGAUGGAUGUAAUGUGUCAAUUUUCUCCCAAUGGGAGUUUUAUAAUGAACAUAUUGUUCGAUAGCGCUAUCUGUAUGCUGGACAUGUAUUUUACUUUGGCCUUACUGUGAAUGUUUUAUAAGGUUGUGGAUGUACUGUGAAUUAUUUUGGCAAAUUAAUAUCAGUAUUUAUAUAGUAUUAUUUAUGGGAUCUGUAUUUCUGAAUGUUAAGUAUAAAACUGAUUUAAUGCAAAUAACUCCUGUAGCUGUAGCUGCAGUUUAUCUGCAUCUGUGAAUGUAUGGGUGAGUUUUCAAUAUGCAAGUAAUCUAAAUAAAGAUGGUUAAAUACAGCAAAAUGUCAAACUAUACCCAUUAUUGUGCUCACGUCAUCAUGUCUUAUUUAACAGAUCGGUUUUGUUUCCAUAUAAUGUUCAGAGGUCCCGCUACCAAUGCAAAGGUCCUACUUGUAUGUUGGUUCAGUCAUCUUAUCUGCCUACAGCGGUUCCCACACAGUGAUUGAUGACAGACGUCCUGUCCUCCUGACUCUACCCUGACCUCGGGGUCAACAGGAGUAGAUGAACAAUUCUGAUAGGUUUGCCAGUGAGGAAACUGCACUGCUCAAGUUGUUUGUUUCACAUUUUGUUGGCAGAAAAUGAGCCCUCAGCAUUUUUUUUGUUUUUGAGAAGUCGCUGUUUGGUUUGUCAGCACUUUUAGGGGAAAACCAAAAAAGUAAAAGUCAGAGUUCAAGACGAAUGUUAUUACUUUUUUACAUAACAUCUCAAUUUCUUUGCUGAUCAGAGUUAAAUUUCUUAAAAUUGUUGGUUCAACCUCCAUAAUAUUUAGUCCUUUCCACACAUUUUAGUAGCAGUUUCUUACUCCUUCCAAGAAAUUGCAAAUCCUUUUGGACAUGUAUCAAUGGCUUACAUACAAUUCUUUUGUUCUAUGGCAUCAUCAUUUACUCAUGUCAUGUCAGUCAAAAUUAACACUUUGUUAUACUGAGAAAUGCUGAAUAAUCAUUUCUUCUGAAACUAAGAGUCCUCAUUUCAUUGCUUGAGUCAUUGUAAACAAAAAUGUUGAACUUGUUAAA